AUGUCCUGGGACCUCACUCGUCGUCGAUGGAUGCGACAGUUGAACAGCAAAUAUAUCUUUGACCGCUUUCCCUUAUUGCAUGCCAUCAUCUUCAUAAUCGAAAUGUCCAUCCUCGCCCGGCUCACGAGCCGGUUCAACCAGUACUACAAUGAACGACCUGGUGCGUUUAAUAAGUCCCAUUCUCCUAACGCGACGAGAUUCGAGUCGGGUCGAUGUUUUCACACUUCGCGCACUCUUCUCGUUGCCAUGCGCAACGAUUAUGCUAACAGAGGCGCCAUGGCAGUGCUCACCAUGAUGGUGACCAAUGCGGUCCUGGGUGGAGUCGCCGACACGGUAGCCCAGUCCAUCACGGCGGUCCGGGAGCGUGCCCUCCGCAAGUACCCACCCGGCCAGGGCCCGAACCCGCGCGACGACCCCGUCGCCUACGAGAUCCACGAGCUCGACCGGAAGAACCCCCUCCUCGAACAAGACCUGAUCCCCGAGUCGCGGGACCUGCCGCCCCCGUUCGACUUUGAGCGGCUGGUCCGCUUCAUGGCGUACGGCUUCUGUAUGGCGCCCUUGCAGUUCAAGUGGUUCGGCUUCCUCGAGAGAUGCUUCCCCAUCACCAAGAAGAGCGCCUACAUGCCGGCUUUGAAGAGGGUGGCUUUCGACCAGCUCAUCUUUGCGCCCUUUGGUCUCGUGUGCUUCUUCACUGCCAUGACGCUGGCCGAGGGUGGUGGAAUGAGGGGCGUAAAAGACAAGAUGAGGGACAUGUAUGUGCCGACGCUCAAGGCCAACUACAUUCUUUGGCCGGCGGUCCAGGUUAUCAACUUUCGGUUGAUGCCCGUGUCGCUCCAGCUGCCAUUCGUUUCCACCGUUGGUAUUGCCUGGACGGCCUACCUUUCACUCACCAAUGCCGCCGAGGAUGUGCAACAGACCACCACUCGUCCGGCAUCUGGCUCUCCCAACAUUCGUCUGGCCUAA